UGUAUUUGCGACAACUGUAAUUAGACCCAUUGACAUUAGUUCGCUACUUGUAGCAGUCAUUUGAUUAUAAUUGAUCUACACCGUGGGUUUUAUUUUUUAGAAAGAUGAGCAUUUCAAAGUGUGAAUAUUUGUACUUUUUCAUUUUUCUUGUUGGAUAUUGUGAAACUUUGAGUGAAACGUAUUUAUAUCGAGAAGUAUUAAUCAUGCGGGACAGAUAUAAAACUUCUAACAUAUCGUUUGCUGAACAAACUCGUUCAAAAAUCCAGUGUGGUAUACAAUGCACGUCGGUGUGUCAAAGUUUUUCGUAUAAUAAAGCGACAUCCACCUGCCGUGGAUAUGACGUCAUAAUCAGUGACGCGGUGUCCAGCGUUUUGGAGGGUGGUUGGAAGACUUACAAUAUCGACAGAACAGGUAGCCCACCAGAAAUAAGCCCUUAUUCUAGUACAGUGUCAACAACAACAACAACAACAGUACCAAGUACAACAACAACAACAACAACACCGAGAACAACAACACUAACCACAGCGCCACCUAUUACGACGACUAAACCACAAACAACAGAAAUAACAACGGCGUUAUCCACGGUAGAAACAACCACAACAGCGCCGCCUACCACAACGGUCACAACGGCUGCACCGUCUUGCUUGGCAUGUCCCUCUGACUACAUCUGCAAGCUGUCAAUUCUGUUCUGCUACAAGUACUACCCGACCAGGAAAUUUCGCGAGAACUCUGAGCUGGAUUGUAGUAAUGACGGUGGAAUGCUGGCCAUUAUUGAUAAUGUGGAUAAAGAUAAUGAAAUAUUGAAUUAUAUAAGCACCGAAUCAAUUUCGGAGACAUUUUACUGGGUCCAAGGAAAAUAUCUCAACAACGAGUGGCGCUAUGACGACGGAUCACUGAUGACGUACUUCCGGUGGGCUCCUAACCAUCCUCUAAAAAACGACCUUAUUGCAUUUAACAGCGGCAAUGGCUUUCACGGAACGGAGAACACUUACCAAGACGUGUUUUUCUGUGAAAUAAGACUUUAGAAUGACGUGUUUUAUCGGAACCGCAAGCGCGCCUUAUGAAAUAGAACCAUUCUAACAAGACCUUAGACUUUCAGUAGGACGUAGCUAUCUAAAUCUAUUUCUUGCGUCAAAACAAGUUAAAAGUGACGCAGUGUCAAGCGAAAUAUGCACCGAUUGCCUUGUCUUAGCUCAAAAGCCAGACAAAUCUUGUUGAUUUUAGAGAGCCACGGCUGAGUGACCGACACUGAAAUAGAGAGGCGUACGUCACAUUGCUGCUUAACACAAUUACCCAAAGUCAAAGCUCUUGUUAAAAUGGUUCUAAAGGUUUUAAGAACAACACAGUGACUACGAAUCUCCAAGAGCCUAGUAGUAUUGGAUCUCCUUUUAUUCUAAAAAUAGAAAAACAAAUUUGAUGGGACUCUAAUGUGAUAACCUGAUGGCUCUUUAUUUUUUCAUAAUCUAGUUGCAUUUAUUGGUGGAAUGUGUGCAUAGAUUAAUUUGCUAUCCAUUAAUUAAAGAGGUUGUUUGGAAACAAUUUGUUUGGUUUCAUUACCAUGGAUUUCUUCUAAAAAUGUUUUUUUUUGUUCGUUAGAACUCGUGUUUCAUUCAC